AUGUGCCCUAACACCGAACCGCAUGAGUCUAUCGAAAUGCAACUCAACUACGUCCAUGCAUCUUAUUAUCCCAGCUGGCGGGUAUACAAGGGAAAAACGCCAUCGACGAUGAAUCUUGCGCUGACGACUCACGUCUUUUAUGCUUUUCUCAGAGUUCAAGCCAAUGGUGAAAUUUGCCAUCUUGAUCAAAAGGCGGAUCUGGAGUAUCCAGCCGACGGUACCAAAGGUUGUUUGAACGCACUGAAUUUGCAGCGUCAGCAAUUUCCACAUCUGAAAUUAUUGGUAUCCGUCGGUGGUGGCAGCGGGAGUCAAGCUUUCAAAGAUGUGGCUGCGUCUCCCGAUAGUCGGGUCAGGCUAGCACAAGCCCUUCGCCACUUUGUCGAUCAAUUUCUCUUUGAUGGAGUUGACUUGGAUUGGGAGCACCCAUCGACACCAGAUGAAGGUCGAGACUACGUGCUAUUACUUCAAGAGUUACGCAAGAGUCUCCCAGGCCCACGGUACCUGAUUACCACGGCCCUUCCCGUCGGUGAGUGGUGUCUUAAACAUAUAAAUCUGGGAAAAGCAGCCGAGCAGGUGGAUUUCAUAAACCUGAUGUGCUAUGACUAUGCUGGCCCGUGGACCGAGCUUUCAGGCCACCAGAGCCAGUUGUAUACGCCGGAUCGACCGCACAAUUCCUUUGCCAAGAGGUCGGGACAUGCUGCCGUGAGUUAUUUUCUAGCGAGAGGCGUUCCGUCCAGGAAGCUGGUUCUAGGUGUGCCCCUUUACGGCCGCUCAUUUUUGGGCGUUGAUGGCAUCGGCCAGCGGUUUACUGGCCAUGCUGGGGAGGGAGGUACUUUUGAUUAUAGCUCGCUACCGCAGGCUGGCGCACAGGAAUUCUUUGAUGAGAAAGUUGGUGCUGCGUGGUGUGUUGGUGGAGAUGGGGGCUUUGUUAGUUAUGAUACGCCAGACACGGUGCGCUUGAAGGCUAAUUAUGCCAAGGCGAACAAGCUUGGGGGAGUCUUUUACUGGACUGGCGUUGCUGAUGCUAUUGAGCCUGAUAGGAGCUUGGUGAAGGCUGGAUUUGAUGUAUUGAGCCAGAAUUAG